AUGUCGCGGUUCUCCACCUCCCUCCUCGUUUCUUUCCUCGCGGUGAUCGCGAUCGCGAUCGCGGUCGCACACGGCAAACCCACCAUAUACAAGAGGAACCAGGACAACGUGUUCGAGCCGGUGAUGGUGCCAGUCUCGUCCACGGUGAUUCCUCUACCGGUGUACAAAGUGGAAUACGGCUUGGGAUUUAUAUCGAAAGAUAAAAAGGCUCAGUCGUCCUUCAAGCCGGAGGGUGGACUGAAACUGAUAACGAUCAAGAAGAACCAAGAAAAGAAGACGUAAAACCGUAGGCAACAGCGCGCACAAGUUACCAAGUGACCUCCUCCCUCCGAUUGCAAGAUGACGAAAGUUUUUUAAGUCCUGUGUCGACGAAGCGACGUAAAUACACUCUUAGUGUCGUACGACCAUGUAUGCCAAUAUGUCGUAGAUUGUAAGUCUAUCUCGAAUUUAUUCGAAACGAACGUUGCGUUUCACGCGGUAACGGAAAC